CCCAGAGUAACCUCCCCUUAGUGAACCAAGCGGCGAAAAGAAAGCAACUUAUUUUCCCCAUUAUUUGACGUGUUGCUCAAAAUAUUUUGCUUUGGUGGAGUUCUUGGUUGCAGUUUUCAGUGGUUGCAAUUUGACUAUGGGUGACAUGGAUGCAGUCAAAUCUAUUCCAGGAUAUGAAGCUAUCCUGAAAUCAGUCCUGAAGAACCAGAUAAAAACAUUGGUUGACCAGCUUUAUGAACAGACAGGGGAGGAAGUGGUUUUAUUGACGGCAAGUCUGAAGGAUGGCACGUUCUCCAAUCUUGGCUCCCAGUCUGGAAAAAACUUUCUUGAGAACCAUAGCAAACUUAAGACUGAGUUUUAUGGAUAUUGUGUUAAUGAACAAAAGAAGCAUCCCCCUUCAGCAAAGAGAAAGCAGGAUACAAAGUUGUCCCCCAUCGCCAUCAAGAAAGUCAAAGUCAACACACCGGGCACUCCAGUACAACCAGUGGCCAAGAAAACUCCACAGAUUAUCAUUUUGCCAACAUCAGCAUCCAAGCCCAUCUCCACCCCAACAAUACAGACCCAGAUGACCUCCACCCCAAUAAUACAGACCCAGGUGACCUCCACCCCAAUAAUACAGACCCAGAUUCAGAGUUCACACAGUACAGCUAAGCCUGGCACCUCUGUACAGGUCAUGGGUGGGGCUACACAAGGGGCAGGUGCUCAAGAUCCAAAGACCUUUAUCUAUUUUGAGCAAGAGGGAGCUAAUUUUGUUGUUCACCAGGGUGAAGGUGAAGAGGAGUAUGGAGAUUUUGGAGAGGAGUUUGAAGAUGAGGGUGAGGAGGAGGAGGAGGUGUCUGUUACAACUGGGGUCACAACCCCCGGCAAAAAGCCUGGAAACAAGAGAUCGAGGGAAUACAGGUACAAGUACAAGCCCAAAGGCAAGCCGAUCACCGAAGCCGUUGCCCCUCCAGCUCCCGCGGCAACCAUCAGCCCAUCCAUGCAAAAACGACUCAGCAAGCUGCAGACCAGCAAACUUUGCUGUGAAUUAUGUGGGAAAGUGUUUGUGCGGCCGGACCACCUCAAGAGCCACAUGACCAUGCAUUCCGGUGAAUCCCCGUUCGCAUGUAAGCAUUGUGGGAUCAGUUACCGCCGACAAAACAACCUUGACAUUCAUGUGCGCCAACAUCACAGUCAUUUGUUGGAUGAUAUUGAGGAAAUUUAAUAGCUUUGUAGCAUUGUUGUGGGAACUGGGGAGAGUUAUAAGCAUGGUAUUUUCUUUCUAUGCUUCUUUACAACAUUUGACUGGAAAAAAAUUGAACAUUGGAGUUCAAAUCUUCCUUAGUUUUAUAGCAAUUGUAGGUUGCAUUAUACCAAAUCACAAGUUGACAUUGUCAUGUAGUGAUUUAAGAUUUGUCAGAGAAAAUGAGCGUUAUGUAGAAAACAGAAACCUUUUCUCAUCUUAUGUGAAGGAUUUGGUCUCAUAAGCUGACAAAUAUAGCUAUUUGAAAAUUCUCCUUUAAUUCUGUAGGUCAAGAUCAGUUUGUUUUUUCAUAUCCAUCCCCUGGUUAAACAAUGUUCUUUUUCUGGAUGAUAUGAUGCUUCUACUGGACUCGUUUUUGCUGUCUAUGUCAGUUUUUUUUAUUUGAAACUAUAAACUUAUGUUUUUUUUUCAGAUUGCAUGUUGUUUUGUUGACAUAAAUGAGUUUAUAUGAAGUGAACAGGGUUGGAAUUUUGACUGACAAACUUGCAAAAUGGGACCGAUAUUUGAAAAUUCUUGCGUCAUUGGGUAAUUGAACUCUUCUUAACUUACUUCCUAUCCUUCAAAGAUAGCUUAGACCAAUAACAAAUCCUACUCCCAGAUGAAAGUAAGCAAAAAUAUGACAGAAAUUAAAUAAAAUCAUCAUGUAUUGCAGUUUUAUAUGUUGAAUAAACAAAAUAAAUGAAAUCACACUGUGUGUGGGUCUUGUCAUUUUGGGAGUAAGCUCAAAAGGCACUCUCAAAAAAUUAAGGUGUCUUGGAAAUUUAAUUUUAACCCUAGUGACCAACAAUAUAUUUUUGAAAGUUUAAGACCUUUCUAAGGUCAAAGAAUAUUUUUUUUUGUGAGAAAAGUAAAAAUCUAAAUUUAGGGCAAUAUUUUUAUCUUGACAUACCUUAGUGCACUGUACAUGUAUAUUAUGUAUAUAUAUGACUUUUUUAACAAAUUUCAGAAGGUACUUCUGCAACAUUGUUAUAAUGAAAUUUGUACAGUUUAUUCUGUGGUGUAUUUGGAAAUAUUACCAGUUACUUUGUAUUAAAUAUUAUUUUAUCAUUUUACGAAUUGAAGAGAUGAGAGAUAUUGGCUAAAAAUAAAUAAAAUAUUUUAAUUUUACUUCAGUUGAUAAACUUUGGCUUUGUUAAUGUUGAUAUACUGACAAUUGUGAGAUUAAAUCUGAUACCAUUAUGACAGGUCAACUGUUAUUCAUUUGUGUGUACUGUUUUCUUGUUAUUGAAUAAUGCUUUAUCUUUACAGGCCCAAAUUUCUCGAAACUUUUGACUGUACAGGCUUAAUUAUUAUGUCUCCCCCAUUCAUGGGGAGACAUAUUGUUUUUGCCCUGUCCGUCAGCCAGUCAGUCUGUCAGUCUAUACAUCACACUUCGUUUCCACUCAAUAACUAUAGAACACUUAGACCCAAGAGCUUCAUACUUGGUAUGCUGGUUGGUCAUGACUAGUAGAUGAACCCUAUUGAUUUUGUGAUCAGUAGGUCAAAGGUCAAGGUCGCCGUGAACUUGAGGUGAAAAAACGGUUUCUGUUCAAUAACUGAAGAUCCUUUGGGUCCGGGAACUUCAUACUUGGUAUGCUAGUUGUUCAUGACUAGUAGAUGACCCCUAUUCUUUUUGAGAUCAAAAAGUCAAAGGUCAAGGUCCCGGUUACCUUCAGGUAAAAAAAACGAUAUGUUGGCGGUGACCUUAAGCUUAAAAAUGGUUGUUGCAUAAUAACUAAAGAUCGCUUGUACCCAGGAACUUCAUACUUGGUAUACUAGUUGGUCAUGACUAGUAGAUGACUCCUAUUGAUUUUGAAAUCAGUAGGUCAAAGGUCAAGGUCACUGUGACCUUGAGGUGAAGAAAUGGCUCAGCUCAAUAACUAAAGAAUGCUUGCACCCAGGAACUUCAUACUUGGUAUGCUAGUUGGUCAUGACUAGUAGAUGAACCCUAUUGAUUUUGAGAUCAGUAGGUCAAAGGUCAAGGUCGCCGUGACCUUAAGGUGAAGAAACGGUUACCACUCUGUAACUAAAGAACGCUUGCACCCAGGAACUUCAUACUUGGUUUGCAAGUUGGUCAUGACUAAUAGAUGACCCCUAUUGAUAUUGUGAUCAGUCCGUCAGUUAGUCAGUCCGUCAGUCUGUAUGUCACACUUAGUUUCUGCUCAAUAAAUAAAGAACGCUUGCUACCAGGAACUUCUUACUUGGUAUGCUAGUUGGUCAUGACUACAAGAUGACCCCUAUUGAUUUUCAUGUCCAUCAUUUAUUUUUUCUCAGCUAUGACCACACAAUAGGGGAUACUAGUGCUUUUUCAAAAAAGCAAUCUCUAGUUUUAUUUCAAUUAGAGAAAAAUAAAUACUUUAACUUGUGUAAUGUGCGAGACCAAAGACGCAACAGGUCGCUUCAAAGAAAAGCAUGCUUGACCCUGAAGGGGUCCACUGGUCUUUAUAUACAGUAAAUUCUCAAUCCACUCGGAGCCUGGCUUUGCUAAUUUGCAUAUUACCAAACAAGUACAUCAACAUACUAUGAACGUACUUCCAGAAUGUUAAACUAUGAACGCACAUCUGCCUACAGCGGGCGGUUACACUUGAUUUUGAUAAAUGAAAAAUUAUACUUAUGAUUAACAUAAAGAUAUCUUCAAUUAAGUCUGAAAAAUAUUUAAACGGGUAAUUGCAAAUUAUAGAAAAUUGAGAAAAGUGAGAUUAGCUUAAUCCUGUUAUAAGGGACUUAAGAAGUUUCGAGAAAAUGAGGCUAGGAGUUCUAUAGUUCAGGAUCAAACCAAACGAUUUUUUUUAAGAUAGGAAAUUUGCAUUAAAAAUAGCAGGUACCUAAUAUUGAAUAUAAAUGACUUUGGAAACAAGUUCAAAAGGGUUCUGAGCCCAUUUACCUUGCUUUAGGCACGAAUCCCUCAUAGUCGAUCAGACCACCUGGUAUUUUUCAGGAUUUAAAUUUAACAGCUGUUAGAAUUGUCAAAAACUAUUAUGUACAUUCUUGUGUUUGUUUUGGAAUAAAUACUGUAAGCACU